AGACGUGAGGUUAAUCGCUUUAAUGGUGUGAUUUGUGUUUAUUUGUGUAUUCUUUGCGUGAAUUCUAAGAUGGAUCCCUUCACUCAGCGUAUGUUGGAGAGGGCAAGAGCUAGGCAGGAGAAAAUUGACCAAAAACUUGCAAGUUCCGGUCAAGCAGUUCCAAAACGAAAACCUUUAACCCAGAACGCCUCUAACUUGAAAUCGGAGAGUUCGCCUGUGAAAUCCCCUGCCAGAGCCUCAAAAGACAGUGUAAUAUCGGAUAGUGUAUUAUCGCCUAAAAAGAGUAUAAAAGAACCUGUAACUCGAUCGCCUAAGCGUAGUAUCCAAAAAAACGACAGCACUUCUGUUGCGUCUCCACAAAAGGGUCGCAGUGACUUUAUAGUGACCAAAAAGGAGUUUAAAAGCCCGAGAGGCAGUAAGAAUAGCCGACGAGGGUCUGACGUAUCUGUAGAGAUUAAUAUUAUGCACAGGAAUGACAUCCAAAUUGAAGUGCAAGUGGAGGAAAGAGAUGCGCCUAUGAACGUGUAUGAUGCAACUUGUGGUAGUGGGAAUGGUGUAACUAUUAAGGAAAUUGAAGACGCCAAGCAGUCAAAGCCUGCUUUGGAGAUGGAUACGGAGAAUAGACCUGAGCGAGCUGGUCUACGACAGAAUGUCAAGUCUCGACUGGAUAGACUGGGCAACUUAUACUCAGACAAGCCCAACCUGUCUUCACCUAUCCACCGCACUGAGGGAGAGUUCUCCUCAGCCACCCCGCCGUCUGCCGACACGCCGCGGCCCGUACAGGAGCGCAAGCCCUGCGGGAAAAAGUUCGACCGACUGGCUGCUCUAGCUGAUCAGAUUAACAACUGGGAAGACGAUCUUUCGCACCAUAACUUUCAUUCAGAACCAACAAAGAAAUCAACCAAGUCAACUGCAAGGAGUGAUAAACUAGAAGAUUCUACACUAGACGUCUCCAUACACUCUUUUAAAGACAUUAACAAGGUGCUGACCAGCUCUAAAACACAAACAUCAGUGAACUCUCGCACGUUCACAAAACCGUCGAACUUCACGAACCAGUGCACGAGGCUCGAUAAGAAGAUAGUAGCAGAUCUGGAAGGCGCGGGCUACCGGCGCGUCUCUGCCGGCCAAUCGCGUCUCGUGUACGAUUUCACUACGACGAUACCCGAUCGCGGCCGACAGGAGCCGAAGCCCGCAUCGACAACCCCCAGUGCUACGGCAGCCCCCAAUAUGGCGACUAUAGUCGCUUCACCACCGGCGGUUACGAAAAAACCGUCAAUCAAGAAGUACAAGGCGCCUACACCGCCGCAAAGAAAAAUCGAUACAGAAGACUGUGACAGUGAUAAAGACAAAGAAAACAAUGUGGUACAAAUUCAGCAAGAGGAGAACGCCAAUGACGCAACGGAUUGUAAACAAACAAAGCCGGCUGAUGACAAGACUGACAAAUGUGACAAAGCAUCUCCCGUCGUGAAGCGAUUAGCGCCAAAAUUAAACGGGAACGUUGAUAGGAACUCCGUGCUAUCCAAGGCUGCUAUGUUUGAAGCAGGGAGUCCUAAAGCUAAGGACCCAGCUGAAAUGUCUUUGAGGGAACGUAAAGCGUUAUUCGAAAAGAAUAAAGGUGCGGCUAUCGUUCCUAAGGCGCCCUUCGCACUCGCACCCUCCGUUAAAACCCUGCACGGAGACAACAAAGAUAAAAAACCAGCCCUACCGAUCAAACCAAGUAUACCCACUAAACCAGUCGUCAGAGACGAAGAUUCGAUAAGUCAAACGUCAGUCGGAGGAAUCAAGGGAAAGCUAGCCGCGCUAUUCAACAAAGAGCAGACGAUUAGCGAGACGACGAUAGCCAAUAAAGUGAAGCAGGAACGAGAGAAAGAAAUGGAGAUGUUGCAAAAUAGAUUUGCUUACAAGCCCCCAAAUCCAGAAAAACCUGAAGAUGCCCACGAUUCAGAAGACGAGCAAAGUGAAUCUGAUCCAUCAGAAAAAGCGCCUCUCAUGGGUAGCACGAUAAGCCUGGCCCAGGCUAACAGGAAACCAGAAAUCAUAGCUAAUAUACCCAAAGUUGAGGCCAAGGAGGUGAAGGAGAAAGAAGCGCAAAAAGACAAUGUCGUAGGGUCGCAACCUACUAAAAGAAGAAGUUCUCAAGACUCUCCAGUCGUCCUGUCAGUCCUGGAUGACGUUAAGCGAAUAAAAGUUAACAAUAACAAAAAGGAAUCAAAGGGCGUCGCCCUUCCCGAACCUACAAGUAUAUACCCCCACUUAUCAGACAUAGAAACAGACAAUUCUCAUACGCAGGAAGAAUAUUCCGACUGUGGAGGAUCAAGGUGUGGACACUAUACUUUGGAAUGCGUUUUUUUCUUUCUUUGUAUUUGAAUUUGCAGGUUUUUAUUAUACAGGAGAUUAUUCGAGAAGGUCUUGAAGGAUUUCAACAAAGAAAAAGUCAGAAGAUUGUUACUUCUAGAAGAGAGAAGAGUUUAUUAGAAGAGGAUAUCAACCGGUUUAUCUUUUAGGUUUUCCUAGUUUUUGUAUUGUUUAUAAGGACGUAACAUGUAAGUGUCCGAUUACGCUUAAAAAGUACACGUAAAUUUUAAUAAGGCAGCGAUUAUGACCAUAAUUAUAAUAAACGAAGUACUGGGACUAUUUUCAAGUACUGACAUUAUUGAUAGUGUAGUUAUUAAAGUGGUGGGAAACACUACUUACUGACAGUAUCAUAUAGUCGGUACAGUACUACUAAUGUAAUGGAAAUGUAAUAUUGUCAGUAUUACUAACAGUGUAUGCGAGUGACAUGUAAAGGCUGCGCGA